UAAGAAUGAGGACUUCGUAGGAGAUGUGUUGGAGAUUAAGAUUUUUUUUUGGGGGGGGGGGGCGCUCCAACAUUUUGCUCUCACCAUUGGUAGAAAUGACAAGGUGUUUUUUUGCAGUUAUUGGGCAUCAUGUGGUGGUCACAGAUGUCCACCAUUCACCAGGUUCAACAGGACCAGUUUCAUGCUCUCUCAGCACAAGCAGCCGAGGGUGUGUGUGCGUGCCCGUGCCUGAGGGGUAGAAUGUGGCGUGUGUUGUGUCCCACAUCCCCGUCCGGAAUGUUCCCAGGACCUCGUGCGGGGCCGUCCCAUGCCCUGCUGUAACCGAGGGGACUUCUCUGCCUCCAUCUCCACCUCCAACGCCACCUCUUCUCACCCCCGCAGUGCCCACUAGCUGGCACCACCCCACCCCACCAACCCGCCUUUCAACUCCAGGACAUCCCCCACCAUCGGUGAUGUGAUGAAUAAAUUUGAAGUCCUUGGGAUCGUGGGUGAAGGAGCCUAUGGCGUGGUCCUGAAGUGUCGACACAAGGAGACAAAUGAAAUUGUGGCCAUUAAGAAGUUCAAGGACAGCGAGGAGAAUGAGGAGGUCAAAGAGACGACGCUUCGGGAGCUGAAGAUGCUGCGCACCCUGAAGCAGGAGAACAUUGUGGAGCUGAAGGAGGCCUUCAGGCGCAGGGGCAAACUAUACCUGGUCUUCGAGUAUGUGGAGAAGAAUAUGCUGGAGCUGUUGGAGGAGUUUCCAAACGGCGCCCCCUCCGAGAAAGUGCGGAACUACAUCUUCCAGCUCAUCAAAGCAAUCCACUGGUGCCAUAAGAACGACAUCGUGCACAGAGACAUCAAGCCCGAGAACCUCCUCAUCAGCUGCGAUGACGUCCUGAAGCUGUGUGACUUUGGCUUUGCUCGCAACCUGUCGGAGGGAAAUGACGCCAACUACACCGAGUACGUGGCUACCAGAUGGUACCGCUCACCUGAGCUGCUCCUGGGGGCUCCGUAUGGUAAGGCUGUGGACAUGUGGUCGGUGGGCUGUAUCCUGGGUGAGCUGAGCGAUGGGCAGCCCCUGUUCCCGGGCGAGAGCGAGAUCGACCAGCUCUACACCAUCCAGAAGGUGCUGGGACCACUGCCCCCAGAGCAGAUGAAACUCUUCUACAACAACCCCCGCUUCCACGGCCUGAGGUUCCCUACAGUUAACCAUCCUACGACUCUGGAGAGAAGGUAUAUGGGCAUCCUCAAUGGAGUUUUGCUGGACCUGAUGAAGAACUUGCUGCUUCUGAACCCCAAUGAGCGCUUUCUGACGGAGCAGAGCCUAAACCACCAGUCCUUCCAGAACCAGCGCAUAGAGCGGCCGGCUCCCCUCACUCCCACCCCGGUGCGCUCCUCAAAGAGGAAGCCUCACCACGACAGCACUGCCCCCAGCAGGAGUCAUGGCUCCAAGAGCUCGGGCCACCACCGCUCCAACAGCCGGGACUGCUCCAGCCUGCCGCGCCACGAGGACCUGCAUCCCCUUAGCUCGGAGGCCUUCCUGAACGGCAACGUGUCGGUCUCCUCGGCCGCCGUCUCCUCCAGCCUGAGCCCCACGCUGCACCCCAAGAGCUACCAGCCGCAGAGCCUGAACCGCUCUGCGUCCUGCGGCAAGGACCUGGCCAUGUCCAACCACAGCAACCUGCCUCACAUGCUGUCCAAGGACCCCGACUUCGACUACGAGUUCGAGUUUGGCCCGGCCCACUCUGGGAAGCCAGCCGACGGGCCUGGGGCCAAGUAUCUCAAAGGCUCGCGAUCCUCGCAGAACCGACACUCGUUUGUGGAGGGGAAAACAGGGACGCUCGGGGAGCGGGAGAAGCACGGUCGUCACGGCUAUGGGGAGUCGCUGUCCUCGUCGGGUGACAGGAAGACAGCCUCGUUCCUCAGCUUCUCCAAGAGCCACGGCACGCUCAGCGAUGCCAAGUCGGUGGGGAACCUCAGCGACCCACGGCUGAUCCCGGACGAGCCCCCACCUAGCCGCUACUUCCCGGCUAGCUGCCUUGACCUGCACCAGGGCCUGAUUGCCCCGGGGAGCCCAUCCCUGCGCCACGGUGACCGUUUGGGCCACAGCCCAGCAGCCGUAUCAUCGUCCUCCUCGUCCAGGGGCAACAAGGGUGAACGUGAGGGCGGUACGCUAGAUUCGUCGUUUCGCCGCUCCUCAUCCAGGCACAAGAGAGAUCAGCAAGAGGACUCCAAAUCGCCCGAUUCCCUUGACCCCGGUGGUGGAGGUGGAGGAGGGGGGAGCCACGGCCAUUCCCUUUCUGCGCCACACGAAGUAGCGUUUCCCUACGGCCUGGGCUACACCAGCCCUUUCUCCUCCCAGCAGCGGCCGCAUCGGCACUCCAUGUACGUGCGGCGGGAGAGAGGGCGUCCCCAUGGGGUGGAUAGUGGUGGGGGAGGUGGAGGGGGUGGUGGUGGAGGAGGAGGUGGUGGUGGUGGUGGAGGAGGUGGUGGUGGUGGUGGUGGAGGGGGAGGACUAGCUGCUGGUCAGGGGAUGCCGGUCAGGGCCAGCAGCCUGCAGAUCCUCUCUCCGCAGCUACAGCACCGCACACUGCCACGCCACAUGGGCAGCUCCGUUUCCAGGGAGGACCUGCAUGGGGAAGACAUGGGCAGGAAUGAACCACUUGCCUCCGAGGCGCCCCACCCUCGGCCCCUAAUCAGGGACUCCACGCGGGACAACACCACCCAAUCCUUUCACCCCCCGCGUCAGAAGAGCGAGGUGAGCAUGUACCAUGAACAGAUGCCUGAAGAUGCGGGCUCCUCAAAGGAGAACCGCAUGAUCUACAGUGAGUCCAUGCCUCGCCGAGUGGGCAGCUUCUACAGGGUGCCCUCCCCCAGGCCAGACAACUUCCAUGACAGCGGGAGCCAGAGCAGAGAGAGGUCGGGCAUGACGGGGGACAGUGGCUCCAUGUCCAACCACGCCAAACGCCAGACUGCCUUUGACCCCUGGACGGGAUCAGAGGCUGUCACCAUGACACCCCCUGAGCCAUCCAAAGAGAAAGAGAAGCAGGGAUUCUUCAGAGCAAUAAAGAAGAAAAAGAAAAAAUCCCAAACGGUGGACGGAGUAGACGACCGGAGUCCCGUCAUCAAGAAAUGUCUAUUCCCCCUCUUUAACUCAAAGAAUCACUUAAAGCAUAACUCCUCCAUGAAAGUGCUUCCCGUAGUCUCCUCACCGAUGGUCCCGAGCGAUGGGCCGGACCCGGUGGUCAUGUCAAAGUCAGUCAGGUCAUCCUCCUCGCACCAAAGCAGCCGAUCCCACCGGAACCGGACGCGGGAACGCGACAGGGAUCGAGACCGGGAGCGGGAACGCGAACGAGAACGCGAGCUGGAGGGAGACGAGUGGAACAUCGACAAGAUCGACAACAUCGAACGAGAACAUCGACAACCUCCUCCUCAGAAUCAGCCUCUCAGGUCGCUGAGGAAGCUCCUGCACCUCUCCAGCUCCUCGUCCAAUCAGACGGGCCCCUCUGACCUUCGCUUCCAGGCACUGCCCAACCCCCCUUCCUCCAAGGGCGGUGGCGGGGGCGGCUUCACAGACGCCCGCAGCGUGGGGGUGGGCGCCGGGGGACCCGUCCAGUCCAAGAGCCGGCAGACUGUGUACCCCCUCCCGGGUCAGCUGGAGUCCAGCUGGCACGCGUCGGCCCUGGGCCGAGGCGACGGGAACCCCUACCCCGACCAGCUGGGGGGCCAGGGGGGCCAGAACGGCCUCGGCGGCGGGGGGUUCGGCAGGCCGCCGCGCUCACGGAUGCCAAACCUCAACGACCUGAAAGAGACCGCUCUGUAGAGAGAGAGGACUGAUCUGAAGGAUGGUAGGUUAUGGAUACGCCCCAAGAUUCGUCAUGACAACAGACAGCACCUCCUCCUGGAACCUCGUCAUGACAACACUUCCUGGGACCUCCAUGACCCAAUGGAGGGACAAAAAAAUACGAAUUGCCCUUUCAGGCAGACUGCCGUUUCGCUACCAGCUACAAAAGGAUGAAUCACGAGGUCAGGAGACGAAGAAAUGUCAGACAUUAUCUUAACAACACACACCGGAAACUAGUCCGGAACUGACACCCUACUUUGCUCACGUCGACAUUACAACCAUGACGAAUCUUGCGCUGCCAACUGUAUCUACCGUCUUUGGAGAGACACAGCCAUUGCCCCACCACUCCCCUACCCCCUAUUCCACUCUACGACCCCUAUGCCCCACAUCCUCAGUGUGGCCCCCUGCUGUCCUGGAUGUCCAUGACUGCACCAUGUGAGAAAUGAAUGCCUCUGAGCCAUUGGCAGCACGGGGGGAAAUCACUCACACUCCCACAGGGAGAGUUGGUGGCCUAAUAAAUGUCUUAAUUUUUUUUAAGCUUCCAUAUUUGAUAGAAUUUGUAAUAUUAUUAUUUAUGUAUUAUUCCUAUUAUAAUUUUUGUUAUAAUGAAAAAUAUAAUUACAAUAUAAACACAGAUGAUGAAAUUAUAUGUAUAUGGCAAUCUAAGAUAUGUAUAGUACAAGUGUGAGAGCUUUAGUUUCUACACAAUACAGAAAGAGAGAGAUGACAUUAUCCUGCAUAAUGGUUCUAUAUUUCAUUAAGAGUAUUUAAAUGGUUAUGUAUAUGCAGUAUUUAAGUUUAAAAUGACAAAUUAGCACCAUCGCUAUACAUAUUUUGUGUAGUAGUAAUGCCUGUACUCAGUGUUGGGCUGACGAUGGCUCUCUGUCAUAGCUGUCCAUUCUGGCUUCAAAGUGUAAAAGAAAACACCCUGCCAUGUAUUGAUUACGCCUGUUGGGUUAAUCAAUAUCUGGGAUCACUUAUGUGUGUGCUUAUCAGGAUUUUUUUCACCAUGACGUCAAGCAAGCUCUGUUUUUGAAGCGAAGCAGGUUAUAGGCUAUAUUAUGUCUACUGCUUUCAGUCAGAGGGCAGUUGCGUAUACAGUAUGUAUAGUAUUCCACCGUAUGCAACUUACACUAGCUGCUUCAAAUGCAUUGAAUCGGAGGUAUCUGAUAUGUUGUGAAAAAAGGGCCUUUGGUGGAUUGAAAUAUGUGGCAGGGUUUUUUUUACUUUAACUGAGCUGGGAUCAAUUCUUCAACUGUCUGUAGUUGUCCUUUACCCUUACUGGGAACACAUACCGGCCUCACAACAUCAUUGUUGUCACACGGUUGUUGGAUGCAACCACUAUUUUGAAAUGGAUCAUUUUUUUAAUUGUUGUGUUGCUCUAAUUCUUGUGACUUCAUACCGUAUGUGGGCCAGCCGUUAACAUAAACAUAUCAAGCUAAUCAUCUUCAUCAUCAAACAAAUUCCAGACGUGGCCCUUAAAUGGUCUUAUUGCAUUCUAGCGCCACCCUGUGGUUAAAAGAAGGCAUGGCAAGAUUUACCCAUUCACCUGUUGAGACGUUCAGUUCAUGUCUUUAUGUGUAUCAUUGCUUUUUUUAAAUUCGUGUCUACAUGUUUUCAAAUACCAUAGAUAUCUAAGACUACAGAGUUAUAUUAUUGUAUUUUUAAGAUUACAACUGUUAUGAAUUACUUGUGUUAUAAGAAUUAAUUAUAUAAAGGACCAUCGUAAGGUAUUCUACUGUUGUAAAAGCAAUCAGGAGGGUGUGCAACACUAAAGUAUGACAACGUAAACAAAUUUAUGGCUAGAAAAUAUAUGUGAAUUCUAUCGAUCAUAAAAUUAUACAUGGAUGCUGCUAAACUGACAGAGGCUUAUUUUUAUUUUUAUUUUUAUUUUUAUUUGGUAAUAUCUUCAGGCACCAGGGACAUUCCCCUGUGACUUCUCGCAGCUUUGAUCACUGAAGCCUGCUUUUUGUCCCCUCAAUUAGGUCAUUGUAGUUUUUUAUCAGACCAGUAUAAUGCCUGUUCACAACAGUGAUAGCCACCACAGACCCCUUAGUUCAGGCACAGCUUUCCAUUUUUGGACACGUUUACAUAGAAAUUCAUGCCGACUGGGGUUCGGUACAAUAGGCCUACCGGUACACACUAACACAGUGUGUUCAAGACCUCCUAAAGCAUCCACAGAUAGACAGAAGGGCUCACCACCGGAAAUGUGAAAAUUGAGAUUUUGGGACAAAUCCAAAAGGUUUAUUCAUUAGUUGUGCAUCGCACAAUAUGGUGUGAAUUGCAUUACUUUGUCCCUCACUAGUGCUAUGUUUCGGAUUUAUUUGACCAGUCUCAUUUUGUGGAACGAUGCUUAAACGGUACCUUCUUGGUGCCUCCCUCCCCGUCUGUGGUCAGGGUUGUGCUGGGUGUGCAGUGGCACACUGGUAUGGGUCUCUUAUGGCCACCCAUGGCUGUAUCUACAAUCAAACGUUUUGUAAUGUAGAAUUUGUCUGGUAUUAAACUAUUAUACACACGGUCUAUCUAAAUAAAUGUGACGACAUAUGCACAUACAGCAAAAAAACAAACACCUGUCACUAACUUUACUUCAUGAAAUGAAUGGCUUAUUUGGGAUUUCAAAUCAUGUAUUAUAUUAAUACCAAUGUGAGAAACACGCAUCUUUGGUAAUAUUUAUAUAUAUUUAAAAAGGUUUAUCCAAAAAUCAUUGAAAUGAUGAAAACAAGGUAUUGAAGACUUUUAUUGUUUUAUGACACAGACAUGACCUAGUAGCAUACUAGUAGAUUUUUAACGUAUGGUCUGUUGCAACAGUUCACUCGUUUUCAUUGGUUUAUUAUUGCCAAUCUGGCUAUACGACAAUGUUCAUGUUUACAUCUGUUACUGACAGUGACUCUCAAUAAAA